AUGGAGAGGAAAAUACUUCCCAUUUACUUGUUGUUGCUGCUUUCUGUUUUCUUGAUUCAGCAAGUUUCUUCUCAAGAUUUAUCAAGCUGUGCAGGGAGAUGUGGGGAAGGGUAUUCUAGAGAUGCCAUCUGCAACUGUGAUUAUAACUGUCAACACUACAUGGAGUGCUGCCCUGACUUCAAGAAAGUCUGCACUGUAGAGUUUUCCUGUAAAGGCCGCUGCUUCGAGUCCUUUACAAGAGGGAGGGCGUGUGACUGUGACUCAGAAUGUAAGAAGUACGGCAAGUGUUGCUUCGAUUAUGACAGUUUUUGUGAAAAAGUAAAAGACAACAAGAAGAAAAGAACCCCUAAAAAGAAACCUACCCCAGAACCACCAGUAAUAGAUGAAGCUGGAAAUGGACCAGACAAUGGUGAUUUCAAGCUCACCCCAACUCCUGACAUUCCCACCACUCAACAUAAUAAAGUUACCACAACUCCCAAGAUUACAAUAGUAAAACCGAUACUAUCUAAACCCAGUAUUCCACCUAAUUCUGACACAACUAAAGAGACGUCUUUGACAGCCAAUAAGGAGACAAUAGAUGAAACUAAAGAGACUUCUACAACAAAUAAACAGACUUCAACUACUGCAAAAGAGAGGACUACUUCAGCUAAAGAGACACAAAAUGCAGAGAAAACAUCUACUAAAGAUUUUGCACCCACAUCUGAAGUUCCUGCUACAUCUACACUCAAAGCUGAAACUAUAAGCAAAUCCCCUGCUCUCACCUCUCCCAAGGAGCCAGCUCCCACCACCAAGGAAUCUACAACCACCACCACCAAAGAGCCAGCUCCCACCACCAAGGAAUCUACAACCACCACCACCAAAGAGCCAGCUCCCACCACCCCCAAGGAGCAAGCUCCCACCACCAAGGAAUCUACAACCACCACCACCAAAGAGCCAGCUCCCACCACCCCCAAGGAGCAAGCUCCCACCACCAAGGAAUCUACAACCACCACCACCAAAGAGCCAGCUCCCACCACCCCCAAGGAGCAAGCUCCCACCACCAAGGAAUCUACAACCACCACCACCAAAGAGCCAGCUCCCACCACCCCCAAGGAGCAAGCUCCCACCACCAAGGAAUCUACAACCACCACCACCAAAGAGCCAGCUCCCACCACCCCCAAGGAGCAAGCUCCCACCACCAAGGAAUCUACAACCACCACCACCAAAGAGCCAGCUCCCACCACCCCCAAGGAGCAAGCUCCCACCACCAAGGAAUCUACAACCACCACCACCAAAGAGCCAGCUCCCACCACCCCCAAGGAGCAAGCUCCCACCACCAAGGAAUCUACAACCACCACCACCAAAGAGCCAGCUCCCACCACCCCCAAGGAGCAAGCUCCCACCACCAAGGAAUCUACAACCACCACCACCACAGAGCCAGCUCCCACCACCAAGGAAUCUACAACCACCACCACCGAAGAGCCAGCUCCCACCACCAAGGAAUCUACAACCACCACCACCAAAGAGCCAGCUCCCACCACCCCCAAGGAGCAAGCUCCCACCACCAAGGAAUCUACAACCACCACCACCAAAGAGCCAGCUCCCACCACUCCCAAGGAGCAAGCUCCCACCACCUCCAAAGAGCCAGCUCCCACCACCAAGGAGCAAGCUCCCACCACCAAGGCAUCUACACCCAUCACCACCAAAGAGCCAGCUCCAACCACCAAGGAAUCUACACCCACCACCACCAAAGAGCCAGCUCCCACGACCCCCAAGGAGCAAGCUCCCACCACCCCCAAAGAGCCAGCUCCCACCACCAAGGAAUCUACAACCACCACCACCAAAGAGCCAGCUCCCACCACCAAGGAAUCUACAACCACCACCACCAAAGAGCCAGCUCCCACCACCCCCAAGGAGCAAGCUCCCACCACCAAGGAAUCUACAACCACCACCACCAAAGAGCCAGCUCCCACCACUCCCAAGAAGCAAGCUCCCACCACCUCCAAAGAGCCAGCUCCCACCACCACCAAGGAGCAAGCUCCCACCACCAAGGAAUCUACACCCAUCACCACCAAAGAGCCAGCUCCAACCACCAAGGAAUCUACACCCACCACCACCAAAGAGCCAGCUCCCACGACCCCCAAGGAGCAAGCUCCCACCACCAAGGAAUCUACACCCACCACCACCAAGGAGCAAGCUCCCACCACCCCCAAAGAGCCAGCUCCCACCACCACCAAGGCGCCUGCUCCCACCGCCCCCAAGGAGCCAGCUUCUGCCACCCCCAAGGAACCUACUCCAAGUUCUCCUAAUACACCUGCUCCAACCACCUCAGAGGCCUAUACUUCAACUACCACCAUGGAGCCUCCCACUACUCCCAAGGGCCCUGCUGAAUCAUCUCCUGAGUUUCCUGUAGAACCCACAUCAAAGACUCUUGAAAAGAGUCCCAAGGAGCCUGCUGUACCUACAACCAAGGCUCCUAAAGUGACCAAACCUGAAAUGACUACAACAGCUAAAGACAAGGCCACAGAAAAAGACACAACUGAUACCAUGGCAUCAUCCAAAAUUACUCUUAAAGCAACAACUCUUGCACCCAAAGUAAUGACAGCAACAAAAAAGACAACUGAAGAGACUACAAGCAAACCUGAACCAACAAGAGCUAUACCAAAAGGUACAGCUACUAACUCUCAAGUGACAACUCCUAAACCCCAAAAGCCAACCAAAGCACCCAAAAAGCUCACUUGUACCAAAAAGCCAAAAACACCUAGAGUGAGAAAACCAAAGACUACACCAACUCCCCCAAAGAUGACAUCAGCAAACCCUACCUCUUUAGCAGAAGCCAAGCUCCAAACCACCACCAGCCCUAACCAAACUCCCAACUCAGAAAUAAUCGAAGUAAGUCCAAAGAAUGAAGAUGCAGAUGCUACUGAAGGAGAAAAACCUCACAUGAUUCCUAGGCCCCCUGUGUUAACUCCUAUAGUUAUUCCAGGCACUGAUUUCAUAGGGAGAGGACCCAGUCAAGGCAUUGGCAUCAACCCCAUGUUUUCAGAUGAGACUAAUUUAUGCAACGGUAGGCCAGUAGAUGGACUGACUGCUUUGCGCAAUGGGACACUAGUUGCAUUUCGAGGUCAUUAUUUCUGGAUGCUAAAUGCAUUCAGUCCACCAUCUCCACCUCGUAGAAUUACUGAAGUUUGGGGCAUUCCCUCCCCCAUUGAUACUGUUUUUACUAGAUGCAACUGUGAAGGAAAAACUUUCUUCUUUAAGGAUUCUCAGUACUGGCGUUUCACCAAUGAUAUAAAAGAUGCAGGGUAUCCCAAACUAAUUCCCAAAGGAUUUGGAGGACUAAAUGGAAAAAUAGUGGCAGCUCUCUCAAUAGCUAAAUACAAGAACAGACCUGAAUCUGUGUAUUUUUUCAAGAGAGGUGGCAGCAUUCAGCAGUAUACUUAUAAACAGGAACCCACCCAAAAGUGUACUAGAAGAAAGCUUGCAAUAAAUUAUUCAGUGUAUGGAGAAACGACACAGGUUAGGAGACGUCGAUUUGAACGUGCUAUAGAAACUUCUCAAACACACACCAUCAGAAUUCACUAUUCACCCAUCAGAGUCACUUAUCAAGACAAAGGUUUCCUCCAUAAUGAAGUUAAAGUGAGUACACUGUGGAGAGGACUUCCAAAUGUGGUUACUUCAGCUGUAUCACUGCCCAACAUCAGAAAACCUGAUGGCUACGAUUACUAUGCCUUUUCUAAAGAUCAGUACUAUAACAUCGAUGUGACAACUAGAACAGCAAGAGCCAUUACUACUCGUUCUGGACGGACCUUAUCUAAUGUCUGGUACAACUGUCCUUAGACUGAUGGGCAAAGGAAGAAUCGACUAAUUAAAAUGAAGAAAAGAAUGAUAAACUUUGACACUGAAAUACAUUUUAUUAAUAAAGAAUGUUGA